CCCGGAGCUGGGCAGGAAGUCCGGGCGGGCAGCGCAGAGAGGUGGUGCGAGGACUCCGGGUGCCACAUUUUGCCGGCUGAACGUUCACCUUCGGGUCUGCAGCACACUCUCCUUCUAUUCUGAGCAAAGAGAUCCUGCGGCCAGAUUUUCACCAUGUCUAUUCUCAAGAUCCAUGCCAGAGAGAUCUUUGACUCUCGUGGAAACCCCACUGUUGAGGUUGAUCUCUACACCGCAAAAGGUCUCUUCAGAGCUGCUGUGCCGAGUGGUGCCUCAACUGGUGUCUAUGAGGCCCUGGAGCUCCGAGACAAUGAUAAGACUCGCUAUAUGGGGAAGGGUGUCUCAAAGGCUGUUGAGCACAUCAAUAAAACUAUUGCACCUGCCCUGGUUAGCAAGAAAUUGAACGUCAUGGAACAGGAGAAGAUUGACAAACUCAUGAUCGAGAUGGAUGGAACAGAAAACAAAUCUAAGUUUGGUGCAAAUGCCAUUCUGGGGGUGUCUCUUGCUGUCUGCAAAGCUGGUGCUGUUGAGAAGGGCGUCCCCCUGUACCGCCACAUUGCUGACUUGGCUGGACACGGAGAAGUCGUCCUUCCAGUCCCGGCUUUCAAUGUCAUCAACGGUGGUUCUCACGCUGGCAACAAGCUGGCCAUGCAGGAGUUCAUGAUCCUCCCUGUGGGCGCAUCAAACUUCAGGGAAGCCAUGCGCAUUGGAGCUGAGGUUUACCACAACCUGAAGAACGUCAUCAAGGAGAAAUAUGGGAAAGAUGCCACCAACGUGGGGGAUGAAGGCGGGUUUGCUCCCAAUAUCCUGGAGAAUAAAGAAGCCCUGGAGCUGCUGAAGAAUGCAAUCGGGAAGGCCGGUUACACGGAUAAGGUGGUCAUCGGCAUGGACGUCGCUGCCUCCGAGUUCUUCAGGUCUGGGAAAUACGACCUGGACUUCAAGUCACCUGAUGACCCCAGCAGGUACAUCACACCUGACCAGCUAGCUGACCUGUACAAGUCCUUCAUCAAGGACUACCCAGUGGUGUCUAUUGAAGAUCCCUUUGACCAGGACGACUGGGGGUCUUGGCAGAAGUUCACUGCUAGUGCAGGAAUCCAGGUGGUAGGGGACGAUCUCACAGUGACCAACCCGAAGCGGAUUUCCAAGGCUGUGAGUGAGAAAUCUUGCAACUGCCUCCUGCUCAAAGUGAACCAGAUCGGCUCCGUGACUGAGUCCCUUGAGGCGUGCAAGCUGGCCCAGUCCAAUGGUUGGGGCGUCAUGGUGUCUCAUCGUUCUGGGGAGACUGAAGACACCUUCAUCGCUGACCUGGUGGUGGGGCUCUGCACUGGACAGAUCAAGACUGGUGCACCUUGCCGAUCUGAGCGCUUGGCCAAGUACAACCAGAUCCUCAGAAUUGAAGAGGAACUGGGCAGCCAGGCCAAGUUUGCCGGCAGGAGCUUCAGAAACCCCCUGAGCAAGUAAGCUGUGGGCAGGCGAGUCGCAAGCCCUCAGACACUCACUGGCUUAGACCCCUUCCCUGAUGUCAGGGCGGGCAGCUCAAGGUCCCCGACCAAUACUUACAGGGGCCUCCGGUAGUUGACUCCCCUCGCCCAUCGCUGUGGUGUUCCUGCUGCUUCCUUAGAACUUCUCCAGAAGCCAAGCUUAACUGCGCAGAACCCUGUUGGAAACCCUAGCUCUGUAAUCAUGUAACUGGCCCACAUCAUUGUUUUUCACCUCACGUUCCACCAAGCAUCUGGAGACUGGAGACUAAUCUCCAAGGUGGCCACAGGCAAGAUCCCCAGUGGUUCUGUGCAAAAUAAAAAGUCCUCGGUGACCCAAGAGAA